AUGAUUGCGAGCACCGUUCGCAGUGUUGUUCUCUGUGUCACGAGACGAAAAUUGCCGACGGCUACAAUUUCACGCGUCGCGAAUCGCAAUUAUUUCACACGACAUGUGCCUGAGCCAAAAAUGAUGAUUCAUUUGCCAAAAACUGAAGGUGAUGUGUCGUGCGAAUCGCUCGUUUUGAAAGAAGCCACCGUCGAUGAGAAGAAGCCGGUGAUUCUCAUUCUCGCGUGGGCUGGUGCCGAUCAACGGCAUGUGGACAAAUACGUCGAUAUGUACACCAACGAGGGAUUCCGUGUGGUCUCGCUGAUUCCUCGCUGCUAUCACUAUCGAAUACCGAAUUCGCGCGUCGGAUUCUACAUGUCGCCAUUAUUCCGGGCGAUCGACGCGAAACCUGGAGAUUUUCGCACAUUUGCACAAUGCCCCAUCAUCAUUCACUCGUUUUCAAUGAAUGGCGUUCGCGGUUUGAUAUCGUUUUGGAAAUGGACGGAAGCUGAAGAAACGCCAGCACUUCGUGAUCGAAUCAAAGGCCUUAUUUUGGAUAGUGCUCCUGCGCGUCCGUAUGGCAAACAAGAUGCAAAAGCAAUGGUCUGGUCAACACCGCCAAUUGACGCAUUGGAAAAAGUUUUUAGCGAAAAAACUCGAAUUUCAGUGCUUGCCAGUUUUCUGAAUCUUCGCGCAACAUUGGUUAUACCCCUAUGCGCAACAGUACCAUUUCUACGCUCUUUCCUAUCAGUUUACUACUAUUUCUUGGAUAAAAUGGAUCUUCCUCGCGACCAGCUUUAUCUAUAUUCAACGGCCGAUAAAAUGAUAAAAGCCAAACACGUAGAAAAAUUUGUGGGCAAACAAAUGGAAAAGGGUGCCAACAUAACAUCGAUCAAUUUUGAGGACUCUGAGCACGUUCAGCACUAUAGGGCACACCCGGAAAAAUAUCGAGAAGCUUGUUUGAACUUCGUGAAGCACAUUGAAGCCAGCUACAAAUAA